AGUUUUUGGGUGGCUUUGGUGUUGGGAGGAAAAGAAGAUGGCAGAGUGUUAAGAGACGGAGACAAAAGUAGGCUAACAAAGAAAUGAAUAGUUUAAUACUGGUAUUUAAAAUUGGGGGAGUUUGGUAGACGUUUUUCAAUGUGGUUACAUGUUCAUGCAUGAACGCGAGAACAUGAAAAUCAGUUAUCGCGGGGGAAGAUCAUAAGGCUGUUUAGAAACCGCUACAGGCUAGUUUAUUUGACGUUUUUUUUUUUUUGGGCUAGUGGACUUCAACUGUGUAAGAGACGGCUGGGCAUUCGCUACAAGGUGUGGAUGACUACAGGACUUCGGAAGGGAGGCUUCGGAUUCCUAUGGCAGCACUCGAUUUGUAUGACAGGCAAUGCUGGUAAGGUGUCAUUUCCUUUGUGAACUCUAAGAGCAACAGAGAACAACAACCCACAUAACAACCAGCCUCUACAGCAAAGAGGAGACGUCGCAGAAGCUGCGCUUUCACUUAAACAGCAGAACGUUUUAGAAAGCAAAAUGCACUCUGAAACCCAUGAACAAAUAGAACUGGUUCUUGUGGUGUACAUCAUCACAUUCAUCUUUGGGCUGCCAGCCAACAUUGUUGCCCUCUAUGCCUUCAUCAAGAAGGUGCGGCGAAGGGCAACUCCUGUGGACGUGCUGCUGAUCGGCCUCACUGUGUCCGACCUGGUCUUCCUGCUCUUCCUCCCCUUAAGGAUGAAGGAGGCCAUCGACCACGACGUGUGGAAAAUGCCCGACUUUCUGUGCCCAUUAUUAGCGAUCGUCUUCUAUGGCACCAUCUACAACAGCAGUCUGUACCUCACUGCCAUAAGUGUUGAGCGCUACCUUGGAGUUGCCUUUCCCAUCAAGUACAAACUAAACAGAAAGCCUCUGUAUGCAGUGGUGGGCAGCGUCAUUAUUUGGACCAUCUCCUUGGCACAGUGUAGCAUUGUCUACUUUAUGCACUACCACCAUGACCAAAACAAGACCUGCGAAGUAGAGCACAGCUCAAAAUGCUACCAACACUUCACACCAGAGCAGCUAGACAUGCUACUGCCAUUUCGCCUGCAGCAGUUUCUCCUCCUUUUCUGCGUGCCGCUGCUCAUCUGCUGCUUCUGCUACAUCAACUUCAUCCACAUCCUUUCCAAUCUGCCUAACAUCUGCCAACGGCGACGUUCCAGAGCCAUCGGGCUCGCCCUCGGCACCAUGGUGGUCUUCCUUGUGUGCUUUGGCCCCUAUAACAUCUCCCACCUUAUUGGCUACGCCACCAAUGAGAGUCCGGAAUGGCGCAAGAUCGCCGUGCUCACCAGCACCUUAAACACCUGCCUGGACCCCUUCAUCUACUACUUCUCCUCCUCAGCACUGAGGGGCACGUUCGGCAACAUCCUCAACAGGCUCACUUCCAGGCUGCAGCUGCACUGCCCCUCCUGCAGGAUGUACCAGCGUACCACUCCCCAAACUGCAGCACCAGAGGUGCGCACACAAAGCACCAAUGAUAACCUGGGCUAGACAUGCCAGGAUUACUGUCUAGAAAAGGGUACAUGUGUGGGCAAGGGUGUUUUGAUGUGUGUGUGCGUUUGCAAUGAAUGAUGUGUGAGAUGAGUUUUAUGGUAUAAAUGUGUUU